AUGAGAAGAGAGAGAGAGAGUGGGCCUUUCAACCUGAUCAAAGACAGACCCGGAGGUGGUUUUGGCUCCGUCCAUGUCCACCAAUCCCCCAUGAAUGAUGCAACUAAAAAGCACGGCCGCCGGACCGGAGCACUAUUAGCCGUGGCCCCGGAGCCCAUCAGCGCGGUCCCCAGAGCCCAUCAGCGUGGCCCCCGGAGCCCAUCAGCGCAGCCCCCGGAGCCCAUCAGCGCGGCCCCCGGAGCGCCAACCCCCUGCGGAGGGCCAUAA